CAACUGUUUCCCGACACUCAUGUCUACCAAACCUAAAAUCGCGACACGCGCCUCGACUCGAACCAAGCCAACCCCGGCACCUCCGCCGCCAACUACGAGAUCUACCAGGGCAACAACUUCCAAAGCUGCAACCCCAACUCCGCCUGCACCAGCGCCGAAGAGAACUGCGCGAAAGCCGCUGACGAGCAGAGAUAAUACCACAGAUGCCUCUACGAGUGCAUCUAAACUCUCAAAAACCGUUCUGCCACGCAAGGCGACGAAAUCGAUGGUAGAGGACGAUGAACGUGAACCCAUUACGGCCUACUUGAGGAUCCGACCACACGUCGGCGAAGACGAAACGGAGGUCUCGCCGUAUCUCCUGACGUUGUCCGACACAUCUGUCCGGAUGACGGAUCCCAACGAGCCCCAAACGGGAGUGAGAUACAGAAUGUCGACCAUGACCCCAUCUUCCACAUACAAAUUCUCCCAUGUGUUCCCACCCGACAUCUCCCAAUCGGAAUUCUUCACAAAGACCACUUUGCCGCUGGUUCGCGACGUGUUGCAGGGGCAGAAUGGGCUGCUGUUCGCCUACGGUGUUACGAACUCGGGCAAGACUUAUAGCGUUCAAGGCGGGGCAGAAUCCGGAUCUGCAGGAAUUCUGCCGCGGAGUUUGGAUGUUAUAUUCAACAGCAUCGAGGGUUUACAUGGCAGUGGCGAGUACCGUCCCGUCCGCUUACAAGGAGUUGAACCGUCCGACAAGAGCGACUCUAUCCUCCCUUCAAUCACACCUGGCCCUGAGCUUGCACAGGUCCUGGGGCAACACAUGGAUCCUUCGGCGACCGAUGAGGACAUCGAUCCCACUGUUCUCACAUUGGACCGCAACUACGAAUAUACGAUCUGGUUGUCCUACGCGGAGGUGUACAACGAGAAGAUCUAUGACUUGCUGGACAAUGUUCAGGAUGACUCGACGGGCUCGAUACCGCGUAGCAAUAGUGGGAAAUCGCUGCUGUUAACGCGAAAGGCAUUGUCCAUCAAGCCUUCGCCUCCAUCCGACAACGUCGAUUCCGGAAUCUCGGGGAAAUAUAUCUCCGGUCUGCGUCAAUUUCGUGUACAUAGUGCCGCACAAGCCAAAUCGCUCGUGAAACUGGGGCAAUUGCAUCGCCGAGUUUUCGGUACUCUGGCCAACCGCGAAAGCAGUCGUAGUCACGGGAUGGUCUUCAUCAAAGUUGCGAAAGUCCAUCGUGGAGAGAAGGAUGAUCCAUCUGCGAUACAGAUUACACGACUCACGCUAGUUGAUCUGGCCGGUUCAGAACGUACCAAGCACACCCAGACGACCGGCGAGCGUCUCAAAGAAGCAGGGAACAUCAACAAGUCACUGAUGGUACUCGGACAAUGCAUGGAGGUUCUGAGAAGCAACCAACGCAAACUGGCCAUGAGUCUGGCUUCAGAGGGAACGGACGGGCGCAUGGAUACUCGAGAUGUCAAACGUGGACUCGCCAUAGUACCCUUCCGUCACAGCAAGCUCACGGAAGUGCUCAUGGAUUACUUCGUUGGAGACGCCAGAGCCGUUAUGAUUGUGAAUAUCAACCCCUACGACACAGGCUACGACGAGAACUCUCAUGUGAUGAGAUUCGCUGCGUUGGCUCGAGAGGUCUACGUUACCCCAGCACCGGCCCCAAUCCAACGUCUCGCGAACAGCAAGACUGUGGGAGGCAAACAGUCACCAGCUCCUGAAAAGCCGCGCCGACGGGUGACUAUCACGACCGGCAGCGGGAAGAAGGCAAGCGAGGCCGUGCUGGAAGUUUUGGAAGAGGAUGAAGGUGACGCACUAGACAGCGACGAUGAUGAGCCCAUCAACCCCCUAGUGGAUGCCUUAUUCGACGAGGUCGAGGCGCUGCGCAUGCAGGCAAGUAGUAUCAAGAUGCGGUGCGCCAUCAUUGAGGCCGAAGUUCGCGAAGAAGUCAUGGCUGAAAUGGAGGAACGGAUGGAGAAAAUGGAGAAAAUAUAUGCCAAAAGACUGAUGAAAGAGGUUACUCAGAACGAGAUUAAGACCGAUGCCAAGAUCGACAUGCUGCACCAGUCGGGUCUGUUCGCCAGCCCCGUCAAACGUGCUGCUCCUCCACUGCCUGUUCCUCGGACUGAUGACAUGGCCGAAGAAGAGGACGUCGAGAUGAGCUUGAUCGAAGACGACGAGGAUUCAUCUGAAGACGACGAUCUCGAACGGGACGGAUCGGUCUCUCCUCUAGCAGGAAAGGGCACUCCACAAGUCAUCCGACAAGUGCUGAAAUUCGUGCCCGAUCCUCCGAUGCUACCCUCAGACACGGAGGACGCCGAGUUGACCGAGUCGGAACAAGCAACCGAAGACAUGGAGGAGGAAUCUGAAGCGGAGAGCGAGCUCGGAUCUGACGUUGCUGAGAGUGAGGAGUCCGAUGCGGACUACGAGGGAACCGAGGAUGAGUCUGAGGAUGAGCUUCUAAUUUCGCCGGGCAAGACUCCUCGAGCCAAAGCUGCUCCAACUCGUGGAUAUAGCCCCACCCCUGCUUCGAGGAGACAAUCGACCCAGGCUCCCAGAAUAUCCAAACUUGCUCAAGGGAUGCAGGAACUCAAGCUUGAAGAGCCCAGCUCCAGUCAAGCGAGCACUUCUCAGAAAAAGAAGAAGAGACAGCUCGGGACAGUGUCUAUGGUGAACGUAGACGAGAUCGAGCGCGUAGCUGCCAAAGAAGAUACCGGAAAGCCUGUUAAACGAAUGACCUCCCGUCGCUCCUGAUACGAUCUACGUCGUCAAGUAGAUACUCAUUUGACUGUCCUUGUACUACUUUUUCCAUCACACCGCAUACUUCAACAGUUUUUCCCACUCGAACUCGCUCGGCUUCUCGUGAAAUUCCUUGACGAGAGUCUCCCUUUCACGGUGUUCUUUCCCAGCAGCCUCGUCCCACAAGUAGAAGUUCUGCACACUCAUGGCCAGCCUGUGAGCGUCCUCCUGCGAGAGCAUGAAUCUCCCGUCCGAGCUAGCUCCGGCGGAC